AUGCUAGAUCCUGUGGAUGUGGAUAUUGCUGAUUCUGAUUUCCUCGAGAACCAAUGUGAUGGUUAUGAAUCUUCCGACUCCGAGAUUGAUAACUAUUGCAUGGCUUUCACUUGUAAGAAUCGAUUGUUUGGUCGCCAGAAGCCUCUUCAUGUGGUCCUCGGCGGUGGAUUAUGUGCUGAUAUAAUACUUUGGAGAAAUAAGCAGAUCUCAGUCUAUGUUUGCAUGGGCGUAUCAACAAUAUGGCUUCUAUUUGAGAAGCUUGGUUAUCAUUUGCUUACAUUUGUUUGCCAUGCUACAAUAUUUUUUAUGGUAACACUAUUCCUUUGGUCCAAUCUAGCCUCCUACAUCAAUAUUUUCCUCAGGACGGCAUCGGAUAUCCCGGAAAUUACAGUCCCAAAAGACCUGUUUGUGACCAUUGCUGUUUGCUUAACGAGCGCAUAUAAUUGUGCAUUGGGAACAUUUGGGAAUGUAGCUUUUGGAAAAGACUACAGUGCUUUCCUCUCGGCGGUUGCAGUUUUGUGGGUUCUCUCUAUUGUUGGAAGAUGGUACAGUUUCUUGAGUUUCCUUUACGGAGCGUUUUGGAUAUUGAUGACAGUGCCACUGCUCUAUGAGUGUCUUGAGGAUACUGUAGACGGCUUUGCAGAGAAAGCUCUGAUCGAAAUAAAGAAGCAGUAUGCAGUGUUGGACGAAAUGGUAAUCCAAAACCUCAAGAAGAAAGCAAGUUCUUACAAGAAUAUUAAGCAACAGUAA